UCCGAUUGGACAGCGAGGCUAGAAGGGUGUUUUUGUCCGGACUGUGAAAUUUGAGAGACGAGGAGGUGUUUUGAGACGAUUUUACGGGAUAGGAGGCACGAUAAGGGAGGUAGUUGGUGUAGUAAUCCCGCGGGGGAAAAAGGGUAGACGCGCGGAUAAUUAAUUAAAAAGGGAGGCCCUCAUCGGAUGAGGUGCCGGCUAGGUUAGGAGAUGAAGAACGAGGAGGGUAUGAACGUGGAGGACCCGAAGAAGGACGGGACCCUACAGAUGGAAGAUCCGCAGAAAAACGAGACGACUAAAAGAAAGUGGCAGGUACAGGACGAGGGAAAAAAAGAAGAAGGAAUUAAGAAAAGAGGAAUUGAACCCAGUAACACAGGCUGGGUAGGAGAUGAAGAGACGUGGAAUUUUGUAAGGGUAGGCAAACCGGUGUAUGACUCAUCUAGGGAGGAACCGGCUGCCACGUAUUACAACUUUGAGGAACAGCUGCAGAAGGUACCAUGGGAAGACCAAAUGGAAAGGGAAAAAGCUAGGGUGAUGGAAGCGGAAUUUUUUGGAAAAUUCCGUGGUCCGGAAGAGGAAGAGGUUUCUAUAAUGUUCAGGUUGAAUAAGAAGAUUAUGACUGAAAAAAAAGGACUGAACUUUUCCAAAUGUUUAUUUAUAUUGCAUAAGGCAAAAUACAGGCCGUCGAAAGCGGAAAUGAUCAACAAUAGUACGGCUAAACUCGUUUUUAAAAAUGCAACGGACGCGAAUGACUGUUUGAAGAGCUUCCCACAGAACUCGCCGUUCGCUACGGCAUUUAUAGACAGACACGAGGUUAGCAGCAAGGGAGUGAUACGCGAUUGGCCAAAUGGAAUACCUGAACUAUACGAAGCUCUCGAUGAGAGAAGUAAUAUAGUCAGAAUGGAGAGGAUAAGAAGGAGAGUAUGGAACAAGGAGAAUCAGUUAAGAGUCCUGAUCCCCACAAGUAACAUUAUGAUUCUAUUUAAGGGAAAAAAGAUGCCGGACAGCUUAGGCAUAUUUAACAGCAUGGCCCGAAUCAGGGUGAGUCCUUAUGUGGAGACGGUAAGACAGUGCUACCGGUGCUACAAGUUCGGUCACUUCAAGAGUAAUUGCAAGUCAAAUGAGAAAUGUAUAAUCUGCGGUCAAGACGAGCACGGUGAGUGCCAAUCAUUGGAGAAAUGCGUAAAUUGUGGAGAUAACCACAAAUCUACGUACAAAGGUUGCUCGGAGUAUAGAAGGAAUAAAGACCUAAUGACAAUAAGGGCAUAUAACAAUUGUUCGUUUUAUGAAGCAGAGAAACUAGUACAUGGAAAAGAGAACAAGUAUACAGCACACUUUGAGGGAUACAGAAAUAUGGAAAGCUGGCCUACGAUGCAGGAGACGUAUGCGACAGUGACAAAAGGAGACAACACAGUAAGAAAACAAGUAGAAGACAGGAAAAAAACAGAAAGCAGACAGGGAGAGACAGAAAGAAAUAGAAGACCAGGAAUGACAGUGCUGAAGAGAAGCACGGCGCCAAUUGCGAAGGGAAGAGAGAGAGAAGAAGUAAGGCAUUAUUACAAGAUGUUUGACACAAGAGCGGAGGAGAUCACUAAGGAUAAAUGGGGAAUAAUGAACAGAGCAAGAAGAGAGGAUACUAGGGUAGAAGAAGAUGCAAGAGAACGGGCACGAGAAACAAAAGAAGAUAUAACGGAGGGAAGAAUAGAAAAGGAGAAAACGGAUAGGGAAGAAACUAUGCACAAAAGAGAAAGAAUGGUACAGAGAGCUGACAAAACAAGAUGGAUGGCGAACAACGUAAGAAGACUGAGAUAUAUGACUGAGUAUACACAGAAGGAUAUUAAAAAAAUAUACACAGACUUAUAAAUACUAUCAACAUAAUGAUAAAUUUAGUUAUAUGGAACGCAAGAGGCAU